CCGUCAGCUGUCUGAGGGAGAAGAGCGGGCGUGGCCCCGCCCGCCCUUGACCGGCGGCCCCGCCAGCCAAUGGCGGCCCAGAGAAGUAGUUCCUCGCGGGCGGGACUUCCUCCCCGGGGCCGCGAGCGUGUAGGCUGAGGUAAAGCGGGAGGUGAGCAGCUUACCCGGCCGCCGCCGCCGCCGCCGCCGCCAUGAUCAAGAAGUUCGACAAGAAGGAUGAGGAGUCGGGUAAGAAAGCCCCGGUGAAGGGUGGUCAGGCGCAGCGCCUCAAACUAGGCCCCGUUGCUAGGCAGGGUGGGCUGCCCCUUCCGCAGGUGGGCCGGAAGCCCCGUAGCGGCGCCGGAGGGCGCUUGCCCCGCCCACUGGCUCGGGACGGUUUGAAACGGUUUAAAAGGGGGCGGGCGGGCGCUACCACUUCAGGACGAGGGAAAGGGGGGGGAGAUGGUAGUGUGAAGAGGCCCUUCUGGAUCGUACCAAAGGCCUUUUUCAGGGGUGGGCAGCCUGCGGCCUUUCCAGGUUUUCCCCCUGGCACCCCCCUCCGAGGUGGCGCCUAUGGUUCCCCCCCUGCCCUAUUUUCUACCGCGAGGUAGGUGAGGGCGCCUGAGGGGAAUUUUUGCCAUUAGGCUGCGGGCUUGGAUGGGGGGCGCCCUGUGGGAAGUUAUUUAAAACAGAACAAAUAAUGGUCUCCCGGCCCCGGGUCCAAUACACAAGCGGCUAUUUCUUCCAAUAACAACAACAACAAAAUAACAAUGGUUUUAUUGAUUUUAUGUGUUUGUUUCCUGUUCAGGGAAGUUUUUCAUGUGUGACAACUUAGUGUAAUUUUGGUCUUUCUUUUUUUUAAAAUAAUUUUAAAUUAGAUUUUCCACAGUGAUAACACAUAGCAAAAUGAUACACAAAAACAGAAAAAGAAAGGGGGGGAAAGGGAACAAUAAACAGAUAAACAAUAACAACAAACUUAAUUCUUCACAAAUCCAACCUUUGAUGGGCUUGGAUGGGGGGCGCCCUGUGGAAAGUUAUUUAAAACAGAACAAAUAAUGGUCCCCCGGCCCCGCGUCCAAUACACAAGCGGCUAUUUCUUCCAAUAACAACAACAACAACAAAAUAACAAUGGUUUUAUUGAUUUUAUGUGUUUGUUUCCUGUUCAGGGAGGUUUUGAAUGUGUGACAUCUUAGUGUAAUUUUGGUCUUUUUUAAAAAAUAAUUUUUUAAUUAGAUUUUCCACAGUGAUAACACAAACCACAAAGCAAAAUGAUACACAAAAACAGAAAGAGAAAGGGGGAACAAUAAACAGAUAAACAAUAACAACAAAAUUCUUCACAAAUCCAACCUUUUACGGGCUUGGAUGGAGGGCGCCCUGUGGAAAGUUAUUUAAAACAGAACAAAUAAUGGUCUCCCGGCCCCGGGUCCAAUACACAAGCGGCUAUUUCUUCCAAUAACAACAACAACAAAAUAACAAUGGUUUUAUUGAUUUUUAUGCGUUUGUUUCCUGUUCAGGGAGGUUUUGAAUGUGUGACAUCUUAGUGUAAUUUUGGUCUUUCUUUUUUUUAAAAUAAUUUUUAAUUAGAUUUUCCACAGUGAUAACACAAACCACAAAGCAAAAUGAUACACAAAAACAGAAAAAGAAAGGGGGGGAGAAAGGGGGAACAAUAAACAGAUAAACAAUAACAACAAAAUUCUUCACAAAUCCAACCUUUUACGGGCUUGGAUGGAGGGCGCCCUGUGGAAAGUUAUUUAAAACAAAACAAAUAAUGGUCUCCCAGCCCCGGGUCCAAUACACAAGCGGCUAUUUCUUCCAAUAAUAACAACAACAAAAUAACAAUGGUUUUAUUGAUUUUAUGUGUUUGUUUCCUGUUCAGGGAGGUUUUGAAUGUGUAACAUCUUAGUAUAAUUUUGGUCUUUGUGGAAGCCGGCCAGAGUGGCCGGGGAAACCCAGCCAGAUGGGCAGGGUACAAAUAAAUAAUAAUAAUAAUGGUAGUAAUAAUAAUAAUAGUUAUCAAUACACCAGGAGAAAGUUGCAAACCCAGUCAGAUGGGCAGGGUACAAAUUAUUAUUAUUAUUAUUGUUAUUAUUAUGUUUAUUACAGUGGUACCUUGGUUCUCAAACUUAAUCCGUUCCAGAAGUCUGUUCCAAAACCAAAGCGUUUCAAAACUAAGGCGCGCUUUCCCGCAGAAAGUAAUGCAAAAUGAAUUAAUCCGACUUUUAAAAACAACAACAACAACAACAAUUUAUUAUUUAUACCCCACCCAUCUGGCUGGGUUUUCCCAGCCACUCUGGGCGGCUUCCAACAGAAUAAUAAUAAUAUAUUAAUGAUAGCCUUUAUUAAUUAUUAUAAUUAAUAAUAUAUUAAUUAUAGCCUGCCCUUCUGGCUGGGUUUCCCCAGCCACUCUGGGCGGCUUUCAACAGAAUAUUAAAAUACAAUAGUCUAUUAAACAUUAAAAGCUUCCCUAAACAGGGCUGCCUUCAAAUGUCUUCUAAAAGUCUGAUAGUUGUUUUUCUUUUUAACAUCUGGUGGGAGGGUGUUCCACAGGGCGGGUGCCACCACCGAGAAGCCCCUCUGCAUGGUUCCCUGUAACUUGCUUCUCGCAGGGAGGGAACCUCCAGAAGGCCCUUGGAGAUGGACCUCAGUGUCCGGGCAGAACGAUGGGGGUGGAGACCUUCCUUCAACCCCUAAAACAGCCAUUUAACAUGAAAUUUACUAUGUAAUGAGAUCAUUGAUCCAUAAAAUGAAAGCAAUAAUCAAUGUACUGUACUAUAAAAUAAAUAAGACAGUAUUGUAGAUGAUAAAAAUUAAAAUUAUUAAUAUUUUCUUACCUGCAUGGAUGAUAGUCAUUGUUUGGAUGGGGGGCUUUUAUCCAUUUCCACAGUCACGCAAUCAAUCGGUAGCUGAACUGGGUUCCACACAAUCACAAAAACAAAUUAACCGAAAAAGCCCCAAAAAGAAAAACCCAAAAUAAACAGCAAAAACAAAAGCGCCAAACUUAAUCCGUUCCAGAAGUCCUUUUGACUUCCGAAAUGUUCGAAAACCAAGGCACAGCUUCUGAUUGGUGCAGGUGCCCUGGAAACAAUAGCCGACAGCUGCAUCGGAUGUGCGGCUUCCGAAAAACGUUAGAAAACCAGAACACUUCCGGGUUUUCAGAGUUUGAGAACCAAAGCGUUUGAGAACCAAGGUACCACUGUAUUUUAUAUCACAGCGGUUUGUAGCCAGCCUUGCCCAAUGGUCACCCGAGCAGGGGCUGCAUGAGAGGUUUGCCAUUACAUUGUGCGUUUUUGUGGUUUUUGUACUGUGAACCCCACACGAUGUGCGCUAUGUAAAUAUUUAUUUAAAUAAAACAAGUAACAGUCUCCCAGUGCUCCAAGCCUAACGCAUAAGCAGCUAUUUUUAAAAUAAUAAUAAAAUAAUAGUAAUAAAUCAUUGUUGUUUGUUUAAUUUUGCCACCUCUGUGUCCGUAAAGAUGUAUCACAGCAGUUAACAAACAAUAUUGGAAACAUUAAAACCAGACAGUGACAUAACGAUUCCUGCGUUGUAGGUUCCCUUGUGGUCCCUUCCAACUCUUAAGAGUCUGUGAUUCUGUAAAUCAAAGACAGACACCAGCAGACCGAUGUGGGUGGGUGGGUGUGCUGUUAAUGGCCUGCAUGUUUAUUAAAUAGGUAUACAAGCAAACAUAUGAAACUUAAGAAAAAAGGAACACGGAAACAGGGAGGGGGGAAUAGAGUUUCCCGUUUACAUUAGCUGACAAUUUGCAUUCAGGAGUUAAAGAGAAGGGGGAAAGGAUGGAAAGAAUUACAGCGUAGGUCACUUCCUUGCAAAAAAAAAUAAAAAUACAAGUCCUGUAAAUCUGUCAAAGAAAUAAGGUACAUCCAUAAAUUUGUGACUUCCAGGGAGGCGGGCAAGCAGCAGUUUCUUAUUAGUGUGGCAGUUGCCCACACUUUGGCAAUCCCUGCAUUUUGCAUUCAGGCAGGUUGCCUUCACUGUACUCUUAUCAGCUCCUGCAAAAACAUUCCUGUUUAGACAAGCCUACUCAGAUGCUUAGAAAAUUCAGGUAAUUUUAAUCUGUUUUGGUGGGAUUGUGAACCUUUCUUGGUUUUACUGUUUUACCUUUUGUAAACCGCUUUGAGGUUUUUCUUUUACCCUCAAGCGAUGUGUAGGUUUUAUGAAAUAAAUAAAUAAGCCAUGGCAGGUAAGGAGGCAGUUAUUCUCGGCUUUCCCUGUCGGGCUCAGCAUGCUUCUGAUUUCCUGUUGUUGGAAAUCGCAGGUGGGGAAAUUCUGUGGCCCUCAGGCCCUGCUUGUGUGGGCUUCUCGAAAGUGGCAUCUUGGCUGGCCAGGGUGAGGACAGGAUGCUGGUCUUGAGUUGAGCCUUAGGCCUCAUCCAGCUGCAGGGCUCUUCUCACCUUCCUUGCACACCAUACUUGCUUUUUCGUUGCUGGACUACAACUCCCAUCAUCCCUUGCCAGUGGCCAUGCAUUAAGUUGCUUUAAAUUGUUUUGAACAUUGGUUGAAUUGUUGUAACCCACCCUGGGAAUGUAGGGUGAAGGGCAGGUAAUGAAUUGUGGUACUAAUACUGAAUAUAAGCCGCACCUUUAAAAUUGAUGGGGGGAAGAAAAAAUACCUGAAUAUGUUAUUGUUGUUGUUUAGUCGUGUCCAACUUUUCAUGACCCCCUGGAUCAGAACACGCCAGGCACUCCUGUCCUCCACUGCCUCCCGCAGUUUGGUCAAACUCAUGCUGGUCUCUUUGAGAACACUGUCCCACCAUCUCGUCCUCUGUCGUCCCCUUCUCCUUGUGCCCUCCAUCUUUCCCAACAUCAGGGUCUUUUCCAGGGAAUCUUCUCAUGAGGUGGCCAAAGUAUUGGAGCCUUGCUGCUUCUGGCUGCAUACUGUGUGGGGGCGGGGGCGAAGUCAGAGGCCUUUCCCCUUCCUCGCUCUUUCCUUUUCCGGCCAUAGGGAAGAGGACGGGGAACUACAUGCUCCUGGCAUUGUUUGCCCCACGCUCCUGGCUGCAUACCGUAAGGUCGCAAAUAUAAGCCGCACUUUAACUUUUCACAGUUGGAAUUUGGGGGGCAAAGUGAGGCUUAUAUUCAGGCCAAUAUGGUAAUAGUAAUGUUGGCUGGGGCUGAUCGGAGUUGGAGUCCUACAAUAUCAGGGUAACAGGUUCUGUACCAUUGGCUUCUUCCCUCAACACUCCUGUGGAGUUGUACAGUUCAGAGAAAGAUCACUUGUGAUGAGGCAAAGUAUUUUUCAGGGGUAUUCGUCCACUAUUACUGACCUUCUCAGGAAGGUAAGUUUCUAGGAAAGCCCUGGGUUCCUCCGAACACAGUUUAAAAACGACGUACAGAAUUGUCAUCAACGUAUUUUGUGGCUAGCAUCUGGUCCCCUGCCAACAUUGUGUUUUGUUUUUCAGGUAGCGGCUCCAACCCCUUCCAGCAUUUGGAAAAGAGUUCUGUCCUCCAGGAGGUAUGACUACACCUUUCUAUAAAUUCCCCAUUCCAGGAUUUCCCAAACUUGGGUCUCCAGCUGUUUUUGGACUACAGUUCCCAUCAUCCCUGACCACUGGUCCUGCUAGCUAGGGAUGAUGGGAGUUGUAGUCCAAAAACAGCUGGAGAUCCAAGUUUGAGAAACCCUGACCUAUAAGAUCUCUUUUUUUUGAAAUCAAGUUUGGGAUUUGCAGGCUAGAGUCUGUGGAUGUCUAGGGCUCUGAUUCUUUGGGGGGCCACUGUAGGUCCACUGAGUCUCUGCAACUUCCCUUUCUGUGGCUGCCCAAGAUGUGGCUGCACCUUCCUUUGGUAUGUCUGGAAGCAGCUGGCGUCUCAACCCCAACCACCAUGUUUCCUUAAAGAAAGAUGGCAGCCUGAGCUGGAGAAAUGGGUACAUGGGAUGGAUAAGAGGGCGUGAACUAAUUUAUAUCAAUCUCGGGCUUGGACAUGUGAACCACAACAAUGGGUAUGCCGUGGGAUCAUCAGCCAUAGGGGUGCUAUAUGGGUGUCAGCCUUGUCUUAUUGCGCCUUGGGCAUCUCACUUCAAUUGGGGUGUUGCCUGCCUGCAUAGUUUCUAAAAUAUCUUGGAACAGGGAUAAGUGAUGUGUGGUGCAAGAAACCUCCCCUUUCUUGGAGACUCUAGAAACUGCAUCCUUAAUAUAAAAAGAUACCCUUGUGUGUGGAGACUUUGGGUCUUGGGUUAUAACCUUGCACUGGCCGCUGAGCAGAGAUGCUCUGAGGGCUCUUCCCAAAAGUAGAAGCAAGACCUUGCCAAGUGAAGCUUUCUGGGUUUAUCUGUGAUUAGAGCCAGAAGGAAAUAGUGGGUUGUAUCCAACAAAAUAAUACCAUUAGUACAAGGGUUUAUCUUUGUGCAAUUUCCCUUCCCUCUCCUCUUGCACCAAAUCUGCUCCAGAGGAUUGGGGGAAACCCCAGAACAAAUUCAGGGAAAGGAAAAGAGGGAGGAGUUAUUUUGUGCAGCCAGAGGUCCUUGCUGCAUAUUGGUUUCCCCCCAUUUUGUUGAAAAGGAAUUUUAGGGAACUUCAGAAUGAAAAUUCCUAAUAUCCGUCUUUGUUGACUGCACAAUUCCUGUUCCUUUUACAUAGGCGCGUAUCUUUAACGAGACCCCCAUAAAUCCAAGAAGAUGCCUGCAUAUACUUACCAAGAUCCUUUACUUGCUGAACCAGGUAAGUGCAGCUGCUUUUGUGCAAUUGAGUUGCAGCCUUUGGCUAAUGAGGAAACUGUUAGAAUUCCUGCUCCAUGAUUGCAGUCAUGGGAUUUUUGUCUAUCACAUGACAUCGUAUGUUUUGACUCCACAGAGUGGGAAGUGACGGAGACAGGAUGUUUGUGUUACUGUGUUCCGUGAAGUGGGACUAGUGUCCUUUGUUCUUUCUCUUUGCUGUCUGAUGCUAGAGAGAGAGGGAGCCAUGUUGCAGUGCUCCAUGUGUGUUUAUAUGUACAUAAAGUAUAUGUACAUAUAACUUGUUUUUAUUAUUGCUUGUAAGCCGCUCUGAGCCCGGCCUUGGCUGGGGAGGGCGGGGUAUAAAUAAAAAUUAUUAUUAUUAUUAUUAUUAGCCAAAAUGCUGAGUUGCUGAGGUCUGUUACGCAAGCUGCGCAAACUCUGCGGAUCCCUAAGUGUGCCGAUGUCUCUUGGCAUCGGUCGCUGUGAUGUUCAGGCAGAAGAAAGCUUUUGAAGCUCCCGAAUGAAAGACCUAAUGGUCAGGGGUCCCUUUACCUUUACCUUUACCGCUUGAUCUAGUAAUGCUCUCUUAAGCAGUUCACAUGAGAACAAGAACAAAUACGAGCCAGAACAUUAAUCAUUUCCUAAAAACUAGGUAAAGAGAAAACAGCACUGUAUAUCACACAUAAAACUGCACAGUUUAUAAAACAAACUUGCUAAUUAAGAAGAGUUCGGAAAGGCUAAUGGGUGGUGGAUGGGGAGGUCAAGGCUGGGACUUCCCUGCACUGGCAGAUGAGAAUCAGGGUCACAUGGCAGAGAAUCCCACUCAAGAGGCAGGCAUUUAAUUGUCCUGGGAUCACCCGUGAUGAGCAUGGCUGAAAGUGAUCUCUGGAGCUAAAAGCAGGUCUUAGUGGAACAUUGUCAGCUUUUCAUAUACGCUGGCUUAAUUUUUGUCACAUAUUAAUUCGCUUCUCUCUAGGGUGAACAUUUUGGAACAACAGAAGCCACAGAGGCCUUCUUUGCAAUGACAAGAUUGUUUCAGUCAAAUGAUGUAAGUUCCCAUUGCUCCAAGAAAGGGGUUUCCCCUCUGCCUGUGUCUCUGGUUGCAUAAUGGGCUGUAGAGGAUUUUAAAAAUAUAUAUUAUUGUGUGGGAUGCAAAGCAGCUUCAUGACAGAACAUUUCUGAAUUUUGCACAAAAAUGUAAAAGGCGGCAGUACAGAUUAGGUGGUGGUGGGAAUUUGCUUUUUUUUUCUUGUACUGGGAUCCAAUGUAGAUCCUUUGGGACCAGUGUUGCGUGGUUCCAGUGGCUGCUCCCAGUUCCCAGUCUAGUUGCCGCUUUCUAGAUUAGCUGUAGUUUCCGAGUCACCUUCAAAGGUAGCCCCACGUAGAGCACAUUGCAGUAGUCCAAGCAGGAAAUAACCAGCACAUAAACCACUCUGGUGAGACAGUGCACAGGCAGGCAGGAUCACAGCCUGCAUACCAAAUGAAGCUGGUAGACAGCUGCCCUUGACACAGAAUUAACCUGCACCUCCAUGGACAGCUGUGAGUCCAAAAUGCCCCCCAGACUGGUCCUUCAGGGACACAGUUACCCCAUUCAGGACCAGGGAGUCCCUCACACCCGCCUGCCCUCUGUCCCCCAGAAACAGUACUUCUGUCUUGUCAGGAUUCAACCUCAAUCUGUUAGCUGCCAUCCAUCCUCCAACCGCCUCCAGACACUCACACAGGACCUUCACCGCCUUCACUGGUUCUGAUUUAAACGAGAGGUAGAGCUGGGUAUCCUCAUACCUUUGAUGAAAGUUGGUGUUCCCAUGGCUAACUUCCUGGGGAGUGACACUUACUGUUAUCUUACCCUUUCCACAGCAAACAUUAAGGAGAAUGUGUUACCUUACCAUCAAAGAGAUGGCCAACAUUUCGGAGGAUGUCAUCAUUGUCACUAGCAGGUACUGAUGUUCUUGUUUCAGUGAAUGGUGACUCUCGAGGUUUUCCCCGGGCAUUUGGUUGGGUGUGGAGAAUCUGGCUCCAGUCAGUAAGACUUAAGUCCCUCCUAUCAUGUUAUGGUGUGAACUCUGUUGUGCCACCUCUAACCACUGUUUCACACACCAUGCGAAAGCAGACUUGCCUUUGCCACUGAGUGCCCCUUGUGUUUGCUUCCUGAUGAGUUGACUGACUGGUACAAUAUACGCCAGAUGCAGUCCCUCCAGACAUUGAGGAACUCCAAAUCCCAUCAGCCCCACCUAGCGUGGCCAGAGAUAAUGGGAGUUGCACUACAAGAACAACUGGAAUGGUGCAGGUUUCACUUCCCUGAUAUUUGCAAUUGCAUCUUGGUCAAAUGUAGACUUUACACAUUUACAUGUGCACUUACAGCCUCAGGGGUGUAUCUAAAAAUAUAGGUGAACAUAAGCUGCUGUAGGGGUAGGAAGUGUCUCACAUUUCAACUGACCUGCUAGUGCCAGGCAAAAGUGUGGUUGCCCCAUUUUGUACCAAUUGAAGCCUCCAGGCUGUCUUCAGGGGCUGCCCCAGAAUUGAAGCCAAGUCCACCUGUUUUCUGCAAAAGGUCUGUGUUAACAGAAGCUUGCCUUAACUCUUCUAGCCUGACCAAAGACAUGACUGGGAAAGAGGAUGUGUACCGAGGCCCUGCCAUCAGAGCCCUCUGUAGAAUCACGGAUGUAAGUAUCAAAUUCUUCAGCCAUGAAUGGGGUCUUGCUGUACCCAUUUUUAAUGCCAGGUGUUCUCUCUCUAACGUGCCUGGAAUGAUUUCUCCUGAUCCCUGUCCUCCAAGCCAUUUCCCCCCCAGUGACCACAUGUGCUCACUGUAACCAUUUGUUUAAGUUUAGUGCUGUCUGUUUUCCAGCAAGAGUUGAAUAAUAAUGUGAUGAUUACCAUUAUCCUGAUGGUAACCUGGUCAUCUGAGCUUUCAUUGGCUGUUCCGUUCCCCCUACAGCUGUGUACAGACAGUAACAGGAGAGAGCAGUUGCUCAUGUAGAGCUCAGUCAGUUUUAUGAAUGGGAUACUAAUGGGUUUUCUCACCCACACAAAUAUCUGUACAUACUAAGCUUGGCACAUUAGCCUGUGUUGCCUACUCAACGUAGUACCACAAUUUUGCUUUUUAAGGAAUGUUUUUCCUAAACGUUAAAACUUAUUAAAACCAGCCAGAUGGGUGGGGUACAAAUAAUAAGUUGUUGCUGUUACCACCACCUGGUGUUAUUUUUAAACAAUAAAUGGUAAGUAAAAGUUAGGGGGUGUUUCAGGAAGAAUAGUGGGAGGCUGUGAAAAGAGCGAUGGAAGAAAGUGCAGAGUCCAGAAUCUUGACCUGCUGAACGCUGGAGCUCUUUGCAGACACUGUUUCCGUGCAUGAGGUCUAGAAGCUUUUAUUUUAAAACGGAAAGUGAGCUAGUUAGGAAUCGAUACCAGGUAUCAGGUUCUGCCUGAACUUGGAGAACAGAAGCAAUCCCAAGAAGAUAACAUUCUCUGUGUUGGUAUCUCUGGCGUCUCCGUGAGUUGGUACCUCUUGUUCUCUCUCUCUCUGGAUUCCCAGGGCACCAUGCUGCAGGCCAUUGAGAGAUACAUGAAGCAAGCCAUUGUGGACAAAGUCCCCAGCGUCUCCAGUUCAGCGCUGGUGUCCUCCUUAGUAAGUGAAGGAAUCUCUUUGCUGUCAUCCGAUUACAUUCAGGGACUGGGCAGACCCGAGCAGCUCCGACUUGUCGAUAUCUUGGCGGCCAGGCCACCACCUGCAUCUUUCUUUAUUGGCUUGGCCAUGUUGCACACUGUCUUUUGCUUUCUGGGUCCUUCUUGCCCUGUCCAAUUUUGUAGCAAAGUGCUUUGCUGGGAACCACUGACAUUCUCGUUGCCUGGCUGGGGUUCCUGCCACCGCCCUCCUCCCUUGCUCCGGCAGUAAUUCCAAUUCUCCCUUGCUGCCCCAGCUUUGCAGGAUUUUAAAAUACGAGAAAUAAUAAUAAGAAUAAUAAUAAUUGAUUAUUUAUACCCCGCCCAUCUGGCUGAGUUUUCCCAGCCACUCUGGGCGGCUUCCAAUCAAGUGUUAAAAACAAUGCAGUAUUAAAUAUUAAAAACUUCCUUAAACAGGGCUGCCUUCAGAUGUCUUUUAAAAAGAAGAUAGCUGCUUAUUUCCUUCACAUCUGAAGGGAGGGCGUUCCACAGGGCGGGCGCCACUACCACGAAGGCCCUCUGUCUGGUUCCCUGUAACCUCAAUUCUCGCAAUGAGGGAACCGCCAGAAGGCCCUCGGUGCUGGAUCUCAGUGUCCGGGCUGAUUGAUGGGGGUGGAGACGCUCCUUCAGGUAUACUGGAACGAGGCCGUUUAGGGCUUUCAACAUCAGCACCAACACUUUGAAUUGUGCCCGGAAACGUACUGGGAGCCAAUGCAGAUCUUUCAGGACCGGUGUUAUGUGGUCCCGGCGGCCACUCCCAGUCCCCAGUCUAGCUGCCGCAUUCUGGAUUAAUUGCAGUUUCCGGGUCACCUUCAAAGGUAGCCCCACGUAAAGCGCAUUGCAGUAGUCCAAGCAGGAGAUAACUAGAGCUUGCACCACUCUGCAAGACAGUCCGCAGGCAGGUAGGGUCUCAGCUUGCGUACCAGAUGGAGCUGGUAGACAGCCGCCCUGGACACAGAAUUAAGCAAACCCCAAAAGAAAACAUUGCCAACUAGUUGCUAAACCUCCUUCUCUACAGUAUACAUACGAAACUGCCUUAUGCUGAGUCAGGCCCUUGGUCCAUCUAGCUCAGUUCUUCCUACACUGACUGGCAGCACCUCUCCAAGGUUUCAGGCGGAAGACCUUCCCAGGCCUACCUGGAGAUGCCAGGAAUUGAACCUGGCACCUUCUGCAUCCAAAGCAGAUGCUCUAUUGCUGAGCUACAGCUCUGGCAUUCCCUAAUACUGGGUUUGCUAGAGUGAUGCCUAGAAUAGCCCUGGUGUCUGUGAAGCCUCUGAACGGGCCCCAUAUUAUUACAGUCAUACCUCAUGUUACGUUUGCUUCAUGUUACAUUCUUUAAGGUUACGUCCCGCAGCAACCCGGAAGUACUGGAAAGGGUUACUUCCGGGUUUUGCCGCUCGCGCAUGCGCAGACGUGCAAAAUGACAUCAUGCGCAGAAGCGGCGAUUCGCAACCCGCACAUGUGCAGACGCACCGCUGCGGGUUGCGCUCUUUUCAUGUUGCGAACAGGCCUCCGGAACGGAUCCCGUUCGCAACCAAAGGUACCACUGUAUUAAUAAUAAUUUUAUUAUUUAUACCCUGCCCAUAUGGCUGGGUUGCACCAGCCACUCUGGGCGGCUUCCAACAUAUAUAAAAACAUAAUUUAAAAACUUUCCAGUACAGGGCUGCCUUCAGCUGUCUUCUAAAAGUUGUGUAGUUCUUUAUCUCCUUGACAUCUGAUGGGAGGAUGCCACUGCUGAGAAGGCUCUCUGCCUCUCCACCCUCCCCAUAAAGUUGAAAAGGGAACUUGGAAGAGGGACGAUUUCCUCCACUUCCUCUUUCAGCUCUAUGUGCUUUUUGAAGGUUGGGUGCACCCCCUGCUUUUGGGACGGCAGCAGGCAAGUGACCUGCUCCAGAAAAGCCUUCCUAUAGUGUAAUCAUUGUCCUUCUGAUCUCUUCAGCCACAGUAAUAUGCUACUGGGUUUAAACUACCUGCAGGUGGUGCUGUGGGUUAAACCACAGAGCUUAGGGCUUGCUGAUCAGAAAGUCGGCGGUUCGAAUCCCUGCGACGGGGUGAGCUCCCGUUGCUCGGUCCCAGCUCCUACCAACCUAGCAGUUCGAAAGCACGCCAGUGCAGGUAGAUAAAUAGGUACUGCUCUGGCGGGAAGCUAAACGGUGUUUCCGUGCGCUGCUCUGGUUCGCCAGAAGCAGCUUAGUCAUGCUGGCUACAUGACCCCGAAGCUGUACGCCGGCUCCCUCGGCCAAUAAAGCGAGAUGAGCGCAGCAAUCCCAGAGUCGUCUGCGACUGGACCUAAUGGUCAGGGGUCUCUUUACCUUUACCUUUAAACUUGGUUGGUAGACGUGCCAAGACAGGAGCAGGGCGAGUGUUAUUGAUUCUCUGCCAUUAUUUCCAGCACAUGAUGAAGAUCAACUAUGAUGUGGUCAAACGGUGGAUCAAUGAAGCCCAGGAAGCUGCUUCCAGUGACAACAUCAUGGUGCAGGUACGAUGCUCCCACCUUCCUUGACUACAUGCUUUUAGCACUGCAGGUGGUUUGAAUUGGCUUUGUGCAGUUGUAAUACAUGAUGUGGUUAAAUAACAGAAACACUUCCCCACCACGUCCAGAGGAGUCUUUGCGUUAGUCUGCUGCAGCAAGUACAGUCGUAUCUUGGUUUUCGAACGCCUUGGUGCUCUGACGUUUUGGCUUCCGAACGCUGCAAACCCAGAAGUGACUGUUGCGGUUUGCGAACUAUUUUUGGAAGCCAAAAAUCCAGCAGGGCUUCCGAUUGGCCUCAGGAGCUUCCUGCAGCCAAUCAGAAGCCGCGUUUCGGUUUCCGAACAUUUUGGAUUCAAACGGACUUCCGCAACAGAUUCCAAGGUAUGACUGUAUUCCUGCGGCACCUUAAAGAUUAUAACACAUUUUAUUAUAGCUUUUGUGGAUUGAGCCUAUUUUUUUAUUUAAGUACUUCAGAGUAGCUUCAUUUGAAAAAGCAAUCAUAUUUAGUUAUAUUUAGCACAACAGUAAUCAUGGAUUUAUUUGCCCUCCCCCAACUAUUUCCCCCCUGACCUGCCAGUACCAUGCCUUAGGGCUGCUCUACCACCUUCGGAAGAACGACCGCCUCGGUGUUUCCAAGAUGCUGAAUAAAUUCACUAAAUCUGGCUUGAAAUCCCAGUUUGCAUACUGCAUGCUGAUUCGGAUCGCCAGCCGGCUGCUGAAAGAGUCUGAGGAGGGGUAAGUGUGUUUGUUUGUCAGGGCUUUUAGCAGAACAUCCGUACUCAAUUCCUGCAGCACCAUAAAGGUGCAAAUAGAGUCCAUUUCAGACUUUCUCUCUAUGGCUUCAAGGUCCUCAGGAGAUAUUGAAGCUGCUGGGUAAUGUUGGGGUCAGGGCUGCAUGUGAGAUUGUAGCUGCAAUUUCGGAGAUCAGCAGCUUUCAAUUCUGACAAAUCCAUAAAGGCAGUUUCCUUUCUCUCUGGCAGGCAUGACAACCCACUGUUUGAUUUCAUUGAAAGCUGCCUGCGGAACAAACACGAGAUGGUCAUUUACGAGGCUGCCUCCGCCAUCAUCCAUCUCCCAAACUGUACAGCCAGGGAACUGGCUCCGGCAGUCUCAGGUGAGCUUCAGGAAGGCAUGACAUUCGCCGAGAGCAGUUUCCCCCCAUCCUGGUUCCCUUCAGAUGUUUUGGACUACAACUCCCAUCAACCUAGCAGGGGCUGAUGGGAGUUGUAGUCCAAAACAUUGGAAGAUUGGGGGAGGCUGACAUGGCAAGUAUUUCCAAAGGGCAGAAAUGGCUGCUGGCUAUCAGGGGAGAACGAAUCUCAAGUGUCUUUCAGCUUGCUCUCAUCCACCUAAAGUUGGAAGGGGCUGAGAUUGUUGUUCCUUCUGUCCUAGUGCUGGCUGCUCUGGCUUGCGCUCCUGUUCAGCAGUUGUCAGGGACUGGCCAUGGGCGGUUCUCAACCUGUGGGUCCCCAGAUGUUGUUGGACUACAACUCCCAUCACCCCUGAGCUCUGGCCUUGCUAGCUAGGGGUGAUGGGAGUUGUAGUUCAACAACAUCUAGGGACCCACAGGUUGAGAAAGGCUGCCCUAGGACCUGGGCGCACAGAGCGGUAAAAGUUCCUGGGAUUGUGCCCUCAAACGUGAAUUCCUUUUCAUUUCAGUGCUCCAGCUCUUCUGUAGCUCUCCCAAGCCUGUCCUGAGAUACGCCGCAGUCAGGACCCUCAAUAAGGUAAGUGUGGCGAUCACACAGGGCCCCCAGACGUUUGACGGUCUAUUGACCCUGUGCCACCACUGCGAUAGCUUUCUUCGCUGCCACCACCCCACUUCUCACGGGGACACAUGGAGUCCAGACAGUUGUUAACAUUAACAGAUAAUCAAGUUUAUUUUUAAAAUGCAGGAACAAGCGUAUGGUUUCAGUUUAUUUUUCUCUUGUCAGUUUCUUAAACUUAGUUCCUAACAACUCCAAACUGAUUAUUCCAACUAUCUAUCUGACUCAACCUAACAAUUCCUCUCACUCUCCCACAAUACAACUCUACCAACCCACACCUAAUCCUCCCUCUUCCUUCUCCAAUUCCCAAACCUCAACUCUCUUUCAAAACCUCCCACUCUUAACUUUUACUCCCCCCUUGCAUUCUCACUGGCCAGUCACAUCACACCCAUUUUAACCCUUUCGUUAUGACCCAUCCUAGGAGGCAAAUGCCACAGUAACCAUUUCCAAGGCACUUUGCACAUCCUAGAGGACCUUGUCCAAUACAGGUGGCUUGUCAGACUUCUCCAGUGGGUUUUUACUGUUUUCCUCCCCCUCCCUGCAAGAUGAGAAGGGGGCUCCUGUUGGCGCAGUGGGCCUGUUUCUGGUCUUUGUGGGGUGGGCAGCAAAUUCUUGACCCAGUAACCUCUAAGACAAGUCCUGGCUCAUGCAGGCCAAAAUACCAUGUAAAAUCCAGCAGUUUCAAAACAGCACACAGAGGUGUGCAGUUCUUAAGAAUCAAGAGAAGCUGGUCUCAGCAGCGGGUGUCUCACCUUCCUAUUCACUGGACCCCUGAACCGCUGCCGUACGAUUCUUCCAUUCUGUAAGUUGUUCUGGGUUGCCAACGUCCGACUGCCCUUCCAGGUGGCGAUGAAGCACCCGUCGGCAGUAACCGCCUGCAAUUUGGACCUGGAAAACCUGAUCACGGAUUCAAACCGCAGCAUUGCCACCCUGGCCAUCACCACCCUCCUGAAGACAGGGAGCGAAAGCAGCGUGGACAGGCUCAUGAAGCAGAUCUCGUCCUUUGUGUCCGAGAUCUCGGACGAGUUUAAGGUGAGGCAAUUUCCCGUCUGCCCUUCGGCCUGCAGUGUUCUUAGGCGGAAGGAGUUCCUAGCUGGCAGGGCGACCUUCGUCUCCCUGGAGUUGGGCAGCGGUCCUGGGCUAGGUGAGAGCAGGAAUCAAAGCUUUUCAGAAUCUACAAUAAGAGAACACUUGUAGUUUGUGAGCCUAGCCAACAUUCAGCAUUAAACAAAACCAAGGAUCAUUUGGGAACCAGAAUACAGUGGAACCUCGGAAGCCGAAUGCCUGUAAACUCAAACAUUUUGGCUCCCGAGCGAUCAAAAACCGGAAGUGAUUGUUGUGGUUUUCGAAUGAUUUUUGGAAUCUGUAUGUCUUUUGCGGCUUCCGAUUGGCUGCGGGACGCUCCUGCAGCCAAUCGGAAGCCGCGCCUUGGAAGCUGAACAUUUUGGAAGUCAAAUGGACUUCCGGAAGGGAUUCCGUUCGACUUCCAAGGUACAACUGUAUUGUUUUUGUUUUAUGAAAUCAUUUAUUUCCUGCCAUUCAGCCCUCACAAGGCCAAAGUGGGGCAAAGUGGAAUCAAGGCUGUCCAUGGGCUGUAGAGAUCUUUGCUGGAAUGCAGGUACUGAUGCCUUUCACUCAAACCUUGUGCUGCUCUUGCCUUAACAGGUGGUGGUGGUCCAAGCCAUCAGUGCCCUGUGCCAGAAGUACCCGCGGAAACACAGCGUCAUGAUGACCUUCCUCUCCAACAUGCUCCGGGAUGAUGUAGGUUGUGUUGCCUGCCUUGUGUCGGGCAACCGGCAAACCAUAUCGGCAUCACGCUCAUAUUUUGGUGAAAUACAGUUAAUGUAUCCAGUAUAUAUUUUCAUGCAAGCUAAAAGUUUGCUCUUGAUGUGAAGUUGCCACAGUGUGACGUUGAUCCAGCAUUUCUUUAUCAUGUAUCUUUUCCCAAAGAGGUCAGGUUGGAGGAACCUCACAUCCUUGAGACCUCCUGCUUUUGGUAUAAGCCUAGGACGGGAAGGUCGUGGUGGAGUUUAAUAAGUAGGGCUUGUGGCCAGAGCAAACAUACUAGCCUUUGAACAAUCUGAAAAUCAAGGAUGUUCGUUUUAGUCCGUGUAAAGUUUCGUUUUUCCUGGUUAUCUGUUACACUAGAUUAUCUGCUGCACAAGAACAAAGGAAUUUAGAUACUGUUUCACCACGGACAGCUAAAAGUCCAAGAAGCCUCUCUCUCUGUUCCUGCUUUGGGACUCAUUUCUACGACGUAGAAUCGGCCAAACAACACUUGACAAAUUUUGGUCACCUCGUUGGUUUGGCACAUGGACAAAAAUGAAGUUUUUUUUAAAAAAACCCCGAUGAAUUUAGUUUUGCCUCCUAAAUCUCAUUCGUUUUUGUCAUUCUUUUUUCUAUCUGUUAGGGCAAGAAUUUCUCUGCUCUUUUUGUUUGAUUCUGCCUGAGGACCCUCUUGCCCCCUUGUUUCCGUAAAAAAAACAAACCCCAUUGUGAACAGCAAGUUGCUCUUGCCCUUGCAGAUGUGGGAAAUCCCUAAGAGGGUGUCCAUAAAGUGUGUUCCUCAGUUGAUUAAGUGCAUUUGGGAAUAGGAUCUAAGCAGGAUGGAUGGAUGUCUGGGCUAGGCUGGUCUUCCAAGCCCCCUUUGACUCGUGCUUUUCCGCCCCCUCCGCAGGGUGGCUUUGAGUACAAGCGAGCCAUCGUCGACUGCAUCAUCAGCAUCAUCGAGGAGAACCCGGAGAGCAAGGAAUCUGGCUUGGCCCACCUCUGCGAGUUCAUUGAAGACUGCGAGCACACGGUGCUGGCCACCAAGAUCCUCCACCUGCUUGGCAAGGAAGGGCCCAGGACCCCCUCCCCUUCCAAGUACAUCCGAUUCAUUUUCAACAGGGUGGUGCUGGAAAACGAAGCUGUGAGGGCCGGUGAGUUGGCAGGCUCCAGACCGGUCUUUGCUACGUAGCCAAAAACGGGAAGAGAGCAGGUCUUCCCGGGGGAGGCUGCCAUGAAUGGGGCCUUUGGGUCCACCUGGUGUCAUCCCAGAGUUGAAUACGUGCCCCAGAUCCUUUAGCUUAGCAAGACUGUUUGUAGGAGGCCUAGUUGCUGCUGUGUAAAGAUAAGCUUGGCUUUUUGUUGGGAAGGCUAAGGGAGCAAGAUGCCAAGCUUCAAUCACGAAUUUUAAAGGUGAGGGGUUCUUGCUGUUGUUUAUUAGAUUCAUAUACAGUGGUACCUCGGGUUACAGACACUUCAGGUUACAGACUCUGCUAACCCAGAAAUAGUACCUCGGGUUAAGAACUUUGCUUUAGGAUGAGAACAGAAAUCGUGCGGUGGCAGUGGGAGGCCCCAUUAGCUAAAGUGCUGCUUCAGGUUAAGAACAGUUUCAGGUUAAGAACGGACCUCCGGAACUAAUUAAGUUCUUAACCCGAGGUACCACUGUACCAUCCUUCAUCAAAAGAUCUCAGGGCGGUUCACAAGAUAAAAACACAAUAAAUAGUUGAAACAAAAGCAACAAAAUGAAAGCGCCUAAAGAUACGUAAUGAAAUGGCAGGUGAGCAGUCCUGGGGAGAGUAUCCCGCAAACGGGGAGCCACUGCAGAAAAGGCCCUGUUCUCGUGUUGCCACCCUCCGGACCUCUCAAGGAGGAGGCACAUGAAGAAGGGCCUCAGAUGAUGAACACAGAGUCCUGGUUGGUUUAUAUGAGGAAAGGCAGUCCUUGAGGUAUUAAGUGUGCAAGCCUAUGUGGAGAGACCGAAAGCAACCACAGGAUAAUAACUUACUGAUCCAGGUAAGCAUCAGCAAGAAUUUGAGGAAGACGAAAUCAGCAAUGCUUCUGAAUACCAGUUGCUGGAAACCACAGGAGGGGAAAAUGCUCUUGUCCUCAAAUCCUGCUUGCGGGUUUCCCCCAGGCAUGUGGUUGGCCACUGUGAGAACAGGAUGCUGGACUAGACGGGCCGCUGGCCUCAUCCAGCAGCCAGGCUGUUCUUACGUUCCUAUGCAAACUCCCAGUGCAGAGGCAAUCUCCCUGGAUUACUGGGUUCUUUGGGGUAUUUGGCCACUGUGAGAAGAGGAUGCGGGACUCGAUGGGCCAUUGGCCUGAUCCAGCAUGCUCUUCUUAUGUUCUUAUACACGUGAGAGAAGUCUUGGAGGCAGCCUGGUCCAAGCUUGCUUUAAAUAAACAGGAAUAGUGGGUGCUGCCAGAGUGGUGCAUGCUCUGGUUAUCUCCCACUUGGACUACUGCAGUGCGCUCUAUGUGGGGCUACCAUUGAAGGUGACCCAGAAACUGCAACUAAUCCAGAAUGCGGCAGCUAGACUGGUGACUGGGAGCAGCCGCCGAGACCACAUAACACCGGUCUUGAAAGACCUGCAGUACGUUUCCGAGCACAAUUCAAAGUGUUGGUGCUGACCUUUAAAGCCCUAAAUGGCCUCGGCCCAGUAUACCUGAAGGAGCGUCUCCACCCCCAUUGUUCAGCCUGGACACUGAGGUCCAGCACCGAGGGCCUUCUGGCGGUUCCCUCCCAGCGAGAAGUGAGGUUACAGGGAACCAGGCAGAGGGCCUUCUCGGUGGUGGCACCCGCCCUGUGGAACACCCUCCCACCAGAUGUCAAAGAGAAAAACAACUACCAGAUUUUUAGAAGACAUCUGAAGGCAGCCCUGUUCAGGGAAGCUUGUAAUGUUUAAUAGGUUAUUGUAUUUUAGUGUUCUGUUGGAAGCCGCCCAGAGUGGCUGGGGAAACCCAACCAGAUGGGCGGGGUAUUAUUAUUAUUAUUAUUAUUAUUAUUAUUAUUAUUAUUAUUAACAACAACAACAAUAAUAAUAAGAUUAUACUAAGUCUAUCUAGCUCCAUAUUGUCUGCAGUGACUUGGCAGUGGCUUUUCAGCAUUUUAGAUGAGAGUCUCUACCUGCAUGCCUUCUUCAGGAAAAGCAGAUGGCCUCCUUCAGAGCUACGACCCUUCCCCACUUUUGCUUCCCUUUAUCUACAGACUCUGUUUUCUUCUGCAGCUGCCGUCAGUGCAUUGGCAAAGUUUGGGGCCCAGAAUGAGAACCUCCUUCCCAGUGUCUUGGUGCUCUUGCAGAGGUGAGUUCAAAGCCAGGAGAGAGACUUUCAAAGCAGGUUCUUUCCUGUCCCUUGAGCGUUGGGCUCCGUUGUGGCAUCUUGGAAACAGCCAUAUAAGGGGCUGUUUGCCCUUUUGGGCAUCCAUCAGGGCUGAGCUGAACGGCAGUAGAAAGCAGGCAUCUUAAUUCACCUUUAAUUCACUUUUGAUUUAUUUAUUUUUUUUAAAAAAACAAAUCAGCUGCCAUAAAGAUAAAUAUAGCUUUGCUGUAAUACUGCAAAACUAUAUCCAGCUCUAGGUGGAAAUUCGAAAAGCUGGUAAGAAAAGGGAGGAGAAAACUCUUCCAUGUAUAAGUGUAGAAAAAGGGGGUGGGAUUCUUGCCGGAAGUUUAGUAGGCUUAACUGUGGAGCUCCACCCCAUCAGUGUUUUAGCCACACCCACUUAGCAAGCCACUCCCCCAGCCUUCACCACGCCCUUUUUUCAAAACUACAAAGUAGAAAAAGGGAGUUGAGCUCUUGACCACCAAAGCUUGCCUUCCCACUCUCUUAGAACCUGUGAUGCAGUUGUGGUUCCUGAAUUGGUAGGGGCUGGACUAGAUGGGCUUUGGGGGUCCCUUCCAACUCUACAGUCCUAUGACUCUUAACUAAGGAGCAGGGUUCUCAGGGCUCUGCAUGUGGACCUGGGCCCCGGCCCCUCUCUCUUUUGGAAACAAGGACUACCUCAGCAUCUGAGAACACACACUUAAAAUAAAAAAAUUCCUUCCAGUAGCACCUUAGAGACCAGCUAAGUUUGUUAUUGGUAUGAGCUUUCAUGUGCAUGCACACUUCUUCAGAUACACUGAAACAGAAGUCACCAGACCCCUAUGUAUAGUGAGAAGGUGGGGAGGGGUAUUACUCAGAAGGGUGCUGGGAAUGGGUGAUUGGCUGAUAGGUGUGGUAAACCUGUUGACGACUGUUAACGACUGCAGUUGGUCUUACAGGAAAAAGCAAGGGGUGAGAUGGCUAAAAAUAGCUUUAUCAUGUAUAAUGAGAUAAGAAUCCAAUGUCUCUAUUCAGACCAGGUCUCUCCAUGGUUUUAAGUUUGGUAAAAGUAAAGGAAAAGAGAGCCCUGACCAUUAGGUCCAGUCGUGACCGACUCUGGGGUUGCGGCGCUCAUCUUGCUUUAUUGGCCAAGGGAGCCGGCGUACAGCUUCCAGGUCAUGUGGCCAGCAUGACUAAGCCGCUUCUGGCGAACCAGAGCAGCGCACGGAAACACCGUUUACCUUCCUGCUGGAGCGGUACCUAUUUAUCUACUUGCACUUUGACGUGCUUUCGAACUGCUAGGUUGGCAGGAGCAGGGACCGAGCAAUGGGAGCUCACCCCAUCGCAGGGAUUCGAACCGCCGACCUUCUGAUCGGCAAGUCCUAGGCUCUGUGGUUUAACCCACAGCGCCACCCUUAUUACCCUUUAAGUUUGGUAAUAAGUUGCAAUUCAGCAGCUUCUCUUCCCAGUCUAUUUCUGAAAUUCUUUUGUAAUAAGACAGCUGCUUUGAAAUCUUGUAUAGAAUGUCCUGGGAGAUCGAAGUGUUCUCCUACUGGUUUCUCCGUCUUGUGAUUCCUGAUGUCUGGUAGUGGCCAUCCCCCCUUCAGCAGCCUUCAAGGGCUUUCUCUCCUCUUUUGCCAUGCAGGUGCAUGAUGGACAGCGACGACGAGGUCCGCGACCGAGCAACCUUCUACCUGAACGUGCUGCAGCAGAGGCAGCUGGCUCUGAACGCUGCGUACAUCUUUAACGGUUGGUGCCGGCUGGGAAGGGCGGAACUGCACCUGCGAGUCCUAAAAGAAUGGGAUGGGGGGAACAGGGGCCAUUGGUUAAGAACUGGAGACCUUUGCAGGAUAUCCAGGGAAUUGCCACACCUCUUGGAGCUGCUCUGGACAAUGGAUAAAGCUCUGGUGUUGGGUAUUUAUGUCUAUUGGCCCUUCCCCACCCUUGAUGCUCCUGCCAGCAAAUUGGGCCUCUGAGCCCCACGUGAGCCUUACUUGAACACCUUUCACCCCUCCGUCUUUUCAGGCUUGACCGUCUCCAUUCCCGGUAUGGAAAAGGCCCUGCACCAGUACACCCUGGAGCCCACGGAGAAGCCUUUUGACAUGAGGUCCGUGCCUCUGGCCACUGCCCCCACCUUUGAGCAGAAAGCAGGUAAUGGGGCAAAAACAGGCUUAAGGGGGGAGGUCUUCUGCUCCAGAUGUGGAACUCCACUGCCUUUUGUUGUUGUUGUUGUUUAAUUGUUUAGUCGUGUCCGACUCUUCAUGACCUAAUGGACCAGAGCACGCCAGGCACUCCUGUCUUCCACUGCCUCCCGCAGUUUGGUCAAACUCAUGCUGGUAGCUUCAAGAACACUGUCCAACCAUCUCGUCCUCUGUCAUCCCCUUCUCCUUGUGCCCUCCAUCUUUCCCAACAUCAGGGUCUUUUCCAGGGAGUCUUCUCUUCUCAUGAGGUGGCCAACGGAUUGGAGUCUCAGCUUCACGAUCUGUCCUUCCAGUGAGCACUCAGGGCUGAUUUCCUUCAGAAUUGAGAGGUUUGAUCUUCUUGCAGUCCAUGGGACUCUCAAGAGUCUCCUCCAGCACCAGAAUUCAAAAGCAUCCAUUCUUCGGCGAUCAGCCUUCUUUAUGGUCCAGCUCUCACUUCCAUACAUCACUACUGGGAAAACCAUGGCUUUAACUAUACAAUGGUACACCCUGGGUUACAGACGCUUCAGGUUACAAACUCCGCUAACCACUGCCUUAACUGCGUGCAAUGCCCACCUGGGUGCCAAGUAGCAUGAUGGGGACAUCCUAGAACAGCAUCCUUGAGAGAUGCUGUGAGCUUUCCACAUCUUGAGUGUUUAUCGGGUGCACUGCCAAAAGUUUGGUAUAUGUAGAUAUAUAAUCUGACCACGGUUAAUCUUGCGGAAUACAGUGGUACCUCGGUUCUCGAACUCAAUCCAUUAUGGAAGUCUGUUCAGCUUCCAAAACGUUCACAAACCAAGGCGCAGCUUCUGAUUGGCUGAUUGGCCCCAGAAACAAUGCCGACAGUUGAAACGGAUGUUCGGCUUCCGAAAAACACUGACUUCCAAGUUUGUGAUGUUCAGGAGCUGAUUUGUUCAUCAACUAAGCCGUUUGGGAACCAAGGUACCACUGUAACGGUCUGUACAGGUUCUGAUGAUAAUAUUCUGUUCUGUUCUGUUCUGUUAAGUACUUAUGUACUGCCUUUCAAGGCCAAGCCAUCCCAAAGCAGCUUAUGAAAGGUAGUUUUUUGUACAAAUGGAGCUUCAUGCACACAGCAAAGACUCUCUGUUGCAGCUCAUCUCCAGGCAGGAUGGAGGGUUGCCUAAGUAAUAAUAAUAAUAAUAAUAAUACCUUUAUUUUCAUUGUACAACCUGUGUACAAUGAAAUUAAACGAACCUCCCUCUCCCCCCCCCAAACACUCAAUCUCUUAUCAAACAACACACCACCGCACAAGUGAAUUUCACUGUUAUUUUUCAUUCAACAGCUAUUUUUUAGCCUGUUGGCACGGCUGCUUCCUCCCCUCUUUAUGGCCUCUGAAGUGGCAGACAGAAGCAGGAAUGAGUCUGGAGGGCUCUCCACCAGAGCUGUAUCCAGUCACAAUGGAUACAUACAAUAUAUUUUCCAUUUUCUUUUGGAGAAAGCUAUCCCGUGUUAAAACACCGUGUGUUUUAAGCAAUUUUAACCCGAUCCCUGCCUGGAGCCUGGAGCAGGCACAGUUUGGAACUUUGUACAUGCCAUGGGUCUUGGGUGGAUUUUUUGCAUGUUAUGCCUGCAGUCGCCAGAGUGGCUCCCGGACAUGAGCCUGCAAAAGGCCUUCCCUGGUGUGUAGUAAAAUAAGCUGCAGUGUGUGUGAUGCCCAGGACAAUUUUUCGGGUCUGCAGUCAUGCCCACGUGCUCACGCCUCUCCAUUAUGGAUUUGUCUUGGGCAUCUUGGCUGGAAAUUUUAAUGGCUGUUUCUCAUUUCAGAGAUUGCCCUGGUGGCCAACAAGCCCGAAAAAAUGGCUCCUUCACGGCAGGACAUAUUCCAAGGUAAUAAAAGACCCCAGAGCCGCACUCUUAAACCUUGGAGAGCUACAGAAGGUUGUGUUUUAACUGCAUUUGCCAUGGCAGUUUGCAAGGUGGCUGGAGGGAGAGAACAUGUUGUCUCCCUGUAAGCUGAGUCUGUUUCUUCCCCUUUAGAACAACUGGCUGCCAUUCCGGAGUUCAAGAAUUUGGGCCCUCUCUUCAAGUCAUCCGAUCCAGUGCAGCUGACCGAGGCCGAGACGGAGUAUUUUGUCCGCUGCAUCAAGCACGUCUUCUCAAAUCACAUCGUCUUCCAGGUACAAGAAGCCUCAGCGUUGUUGGCAGAGGCCGCAGAGGAUGUUAGGUGCAAGUUAAACCCCUUCCAUUGCCACAUGCCCUGGAAAGGAAUUUUUGGUGGUGCUUUGUAGUCUCAACCUUCAGUAGGCCACUGUAGUAGGAGUGCUGAACUCUGAUUCAGAAGACCUUCAGUCACUUCCUUGCUCAGCUUGAAGCUCUUUCUGGCAGGCUUUGGGCAGUCAUGCGCUCUCACUGUAAUGUACCUCACGGGGUUUUUAGGUAAAGGUAAAGGGGCCUGACCAUUAGGUCCAGUCGUGACCGACUCUGGGGUUACGGCGCUCAUCUCGCUUUACUGGCCGAGGGAGCCGGCGUACAGCUUCCGGGUCAUGUGGCCAGCAUGACUAAGCCGCUUCUGGCGAACCAGAGCAGCGCACGGAAACGCCAUUUACCUUCCCACCGGAGCGGUACCUAUUUAUCUACUUGCACUUGGACGUGCUUUCGAACUGCUAGGUUGGCAGGAGCAGGGACCGAGCAACAGGAGCUCACCCCGUCGCGGGGAUUCAAAUCGCCGACCUUUUGAUCGGCAAGCCCUAGGCUCUGUGGUUUAACCCACAGCGCCACCCGCAUCCCCCACGGGGUUUUUAGGGGGAUUUUAAAAAUGAUGUUAAGGGACGCAGGUUCGAAACCCCGCGACGCGGUGAGCUCCCGUUGCUCGGUCCCUGCUCCUGCCAACCUAGCAGUUCGAAAGCACGUCAAAGCGCAAGUAGAUGAAUAGGUACCGCUCCGGCGGGAAGGUAAACGGCGUUUCUGUGCGCUACUCUGGUUCGCCAGAAGCGGCUUAGUCAUGCUGGCCACAUGACCUGGAAGCUGUACGCCGGCUCCCUCGGCCAGUAAAGUGAGAUGAGCGCCACAACCCCAGAGUCGGCCACGACUGGACCUGAUGGUCAGGGGUCCCUUUACCUUUAAAAAAUGAUGUUACUUUUACGGAGGAAAACACGAUUGGGCUUAUGAUGACAGUGAGGAAGCACUUCAGUCUGAGGUGACAAAAGAUCCCCGACUCUGGUGUAGUUAUUACAGAGGUCAGCAACCUUAUCUGAGGAUGGGACGGUCGAACGCUCUGUCGGUCAGAGGAUGGGUCGGAGCAUGUGUGCACCCGUGUGCUCUUCCGGGUCGGAGGAGCACCCAUGUGCACACGCUAUUUCCCGUGUUCCUCCGUCCUGGAAGUGCACCAGAAAUAGCGUAUGCGCAUGGGCGCUUCUCCAUCCCGUACAGAUGCAAACACGCUAUUUCCGGCGCACAUCUGGGUCGGAGGAGCGCCCGUGCACAUACGCACAGGUGCCAUCAACCCAGAAGUCGGUCGCUGCACCGCACCAGUAAGAGCGGGCGGCAGGGGGCACCAUGGGCCUGUUAGACAAGCCUUGUGGGGCUGCUACCAGCCCAUGGGCCUUAGGCUGCUGACCCCUGAGGUUAUCGCUUCAUGCCUUUUGACCACUGUGUCCGCUGUGGAGAAGGGCCAGGGCUCUUCUGAAUGCAUUUUCCCAGCAGGGCUGAGACAGAACCCCUGCCCGAAAUACUCAAAAGCAGCUGCCAGCCAGUGUAUUUAUUGAUUUAUAAAUAUAUAUAUGUAUAUAUAUAUAUAUAUACCGCUGUAUCAUAAAAUACCAUAUUUAUUGCUCCAUAAGACGCACUUUUUUUCUCCUAAAAAGUAAGGGGAAAUGUGUGGGCGUCUUAUCAAGCGAAUGCAAGCUGCACAGCUAUCGCUGAAGCCAGUACAGCGAGAGCGAGAGCUGUGUAGCACCUCUUGUUCUGCUGGCUUCCCAGCAAAGCGGGAGGAGGAACGGAAGGGAGCCGUUACGGAGCCCCUUCCGUCCCUCAUCCCUCUUCGCUGAAGAGGCGCUGCGCAGCAAUCGCUGAAGCCAGCACAGCAAGAGUGUGAGCUGCGCAGUGCCUCUUGUUCUGCUGGCUUCAGCGAUAGCUGCGCAGCUUGCUCUGGCUUUUCAGGGAGGUGGGAGAAAUGAUGGAGGGCAGGGAGGUGGGAGGUGGGAGUCAGUCCCUUCUCCCACCUCCCGGAAAAGCCAGCAAGAGCCACUCUAUCUUUAAAGAGCCACCCAAGCGAGCGUGUCUGCGACUCUUGCUGGCUUUUCUUGUUUUCCUCCUCUAAAAACUAGGUGCGUCUUAUGGUCAGGUGCAUUUUAUAGAGCGAAAAAUACGGUGCAUCUCACAGCAGUUUAUAACAAUAUAAAAACGCAGGCAAUAAAAUCACAAAAAGUUAAACGCGAAAUGAAAUUAAAAGCAAACCUCAAUAGACCAUUGUGUAUGUACUUUUAUAGAACCCUAGAAUUGUCGAGUUGGAAGGGAUCCUAAGGGCCAUCUAGUUCAACCCUCUUCCAUGUAGGAAUCUUAGUUGCCUGCGCAGGCCUGGCAGAACAGAAAAGUUUUCAGCAAGUGUUUAAAACAUCUGUCUUCCCCAGAUGUUUUGAUCCACACUUCUGACAAGCCAGCCCUGUGGCCAUGCUUGCUCGGGCUGAAACAUCUGGCGGGCACCAGAUUGGAGAAGGUUGGCGGCGUGUGCUUUGCGCGAGCCCUGGAGAAAGGGCAGCAGAAGAGAGAUCCAGGCCACAAGCAACCCUCAGUUUGCUUCUCCCCUCUCUCUCUAGUUCGACUGCACAAACACCCUCAACGACCAGUUACUGGAGAAGGUGACGGUGCAGAUGGAGCCUUCCGACGCCUACGAUGUGCUCCGCUGCAUCCCCGCCCCCAUCCUCUCCUACAACCAGCCAGGAAUGUGCUACACACUUGUCCGGCUGCCCCUGGACGACCCCACAGCAGGUAGGCUGCUUUUUCAGUUGACCAAAUCCAAACAGAAGCUCUCUGGGAACAAAAUAUGUCGCCCUCUGGAUAUCAAUUUCAUGAUGGAUUUUUAAAUGGUUCUUACUCUUUGCAUGGUUUAUUUUUAGUCUCUGGGUAAUUUUAUGAACAUCACUUAGAAAUGUUAAUCAUAAAGAAGAAACUUUUCAUCACAUGUGGUGGGAAUGUUAGAAAGUAAAAAACUUCUGGGAAAUGAUAUAUAAUGAGAUGAAAAAGAUGUUGAAAUAUACGUUUAGUAAGAAACCAGAAGCAUUUUUACUUGACAUUGUAGGGGAGGGUAUCAACAGACAGGAUUAUAAAUUGUUUUUAUAUGCAACAACAGCAGCAAGAAUGUUACUGGCACAAAAAGGGAAGCAAGAAGAAUUACAGAUGAAAGAAGAAUGGCAAAUGAAAUUAAUGGACUAUGCAGAAUUAGAUAAAUUAACAGGAAGGAUUCGGAACCUGCGGGAUCAGAGAUUCUUAGAGGACUGGAGUAAAUAUUUGAAAAGCAAUUGUGAUAAACAGAUUAUGCUAGUAGGACUGCAAGAAGUUCUGUAAGGAGGACUUUGUGAAAUAUUGCAAGGAAGACUUUGAAAAGAAUUAUUAGUUAAGGACAGUUAAAAGUAAUAGAGAAAUUAAGAAAUGCAGAACAAGUGAUAAAGAACGGAAAAUCUUCAGAGGUUGUUGACGCAAGUCUAAAAUAUUAUAUAAGAUAAGAAGUUAUGUUAAAUGAUUGUUGGGAGAUGUAUGUGUGUGUGUAUAUAUAUAUAUAUAUAUAUAUAUAUAUAUGUGUGUAUGUGUGUGUGUGUUAAUCAUAGAAUCAUAGAGUUGGGAGGUACCCCGAGGUAGUCCAACCCCCUGCAAUGCAGGAAUUUCAACUAAAGCAUCCAGGACAGAUGGCCAUCCAACCUCUGCUUAAAAGCCUCCAAGGAAGGAGAGUCCACAACAGGCAUAGGCAAACUCGGCCCUCCAGAUGUUUUGGGACUACAACUCCCAUCAUUCCUAGCUAACAGGACCAGUGUUCAGGGAUGAUGGGAGUUGUAGUCUCAAAACAUCUGGAGGGGCUGUGUUUGCCUGUGCCUGGUCCACCACCUCCCGAGGAAAUCUGUUCCAAUGUCAAGUAGCACUUAUUGUCAGAACGGUCUUCCUGAUGCUGAGUCCGAAUCUCCUUUCAUGUAACUUGAAGCGGUAUAAUAAUUAAGCAGUAUAAAAAUGCCUGAAAUAAAGAAUCACAAAGCGCCAUUCUGGGUGUGUCCAGCACUAAAACUUCCACCAGGUCCAUCUUGCAGGCUUCCCUCUGAGGCAUCUGGCCGGCCACAGUGAGGGCAGGAUGCUGGCCUGGACAGGCCAGUGGCCUGAUCCUGUAUGGCUGCUUGUGUGUUCUUAGAUGAUCCUGACGUGCAGCAUAUACUGGCUCUUGCUAGUAAUGGUUUAGCCACCUUGUGGAGCAGCUGCCCUGAGUGCUUAAGGCACCCACUGGGCUUCCAGUGGUUUUAAUAAUAAUAAUAAUAAUAAUAAUAAAAUAAAAAAUUUUAUUUAUACUCUGCCCUCCCCAGCCAAGACCAGGCUCAGGGCGGCUAACACCAGGUAUAAAAACAAUUGAUUAAAAUACAACUUAAAAACAAGAUUAAAAUAAACGUUAAAAUGCAGCCUCAUUUCAGUAGAAACUCAAAUCAAAAACUUUUGGGGUUGAAAACGUCAAAUCUUCACCAAGGCUAACUAUCCAGACUGGUCCUACGUGGGCCGGAAAAAAGCCAGGGAAGUCCCCAAAUAGGAAUUCCAUGGCAGAAGGAGAAAGAAAAAAGGAAAGAGGGGAUCCAGUUGAUUCCAAGCCAAAGGCCAGGCGGAACAACUUUCUCCUCCCUUGUUUUCUCCUCCUUUGUGCCCAUCGGUUUGCUUUUCAAUACAUGCAAGGCAAGUGGGAGAUUUUUAAAGCAGAGCUUGGAUGGCCGUCUGCCAGGGAUUCUUCCACUGUGAUUCCUGCGUUGCAGUGGGUUGGACUAGGUGGCCCUUGAGGGUCCCUUAAAAGGUAAAGGGACCCCUGACCAUUAGGUCCAGUCGUGGCCGACUCUGGGGUUGCGGCGCUCAUCUUGCUUUAUUGGCUGAGGGAGCCGGCGUACAGCUUCCAGGUCAUGUGGCCAGCAUGACUAAGCCGCUUCUGGCGAACCAGAGCAGCGCACGGAAACGCCAUUUACCUUCCCGCUGGAGCGGUACCUAUUUAUCUACUUGCACUUUGACGUGCUUUUGAACUGCUAGGUUGGCAGGAGCAGGGACCAAGCAACAGGAGCUCACCCCGUCGUGGGGAUUCGAACCGCUGAUCAGCAAGUCCUAGGCUCUGUGGUUUAACCCACAGCACAGCUCUGCAAUUCUGUCAUUCCAAGUGGCUGGUUGAAGGGAUCAAAGCUCCUGGCGCCAAGGGCGCUUGUCGUAGUGUGAGCGACAAGCCCCGAAUCAAACCUUGAGAGCCGUAGCUCCGUGUUUGGGUCCAGAUCCAUACGUCCGAGUUGCGACCUGGCAUGCGGCCAGUUCCGCAUGGAGUUGUCAUAACGUUUAAACCAAUUUCAAGGCUACCCCGCUCGGGAUGUGCCUGGGUUUUAAUUCCUCGGCUGUCUGUCAUCGGCAUUUGCCACUCGGAGGCUGGGCUGUUUUCCUUCCCGGCUUCUGGUUUUGCUCGGAGCAGGUCUCCCUCUUAACGUGGACUCCUUUCUCCCUCACCCCAGUCACCUGCACUUUUAGCUGCACUAUGAAGUUCACUGUGCGAGACUGCGACCCUCACACUGGAGUGCCGGACGAGGACGGCUACGACGACGAAUAUGUGGUAAGCGAGCCCAGGACAAAUGUUCUGUGGGCAGGGCUGAACAGGAUGAGGAACAGGCUCAUUCCACCCUGGAGAUUUGCAUAAAAAUCUGUCUUUGAUGCCCCCGACUGUUUUUAAAAUAAGAAACACACACACAAUAGUAGUCUGGGCUACCUACUGUUCACAUUCUGUCAGAAAUGGUUGUGGGGGAAACUUAUUCGAUAGACUCAAAUCCUCAGCUAACUUCACAGACCUAACCAGGCUACUUUCUUCGAAGUCUGAGAGUUGUGGAAACUGGUUUCCCUCCUCCCACAUGACCCAUCCCGCAGUUUAAGAUCCACUGGGAGGCCUUGCUUCAAAUCGUCAGCUGUACCCCCGGAACACCUUCUAGUGAGAUGUUCCUUUGUCUCCUUUGUUCCGUAAAUAAGGAAAGACUUUUUCACCUAUGGGAGAUGAGCACACUUCAUUGUGCUACUCAUUUCCUGCUGUUCUUAUCUAUCUUAGCUGGAAGCAUUUUAUACUGAUUUUUAAGUGUAUAAUUGCACGUUGCUUUCACUCAGCAGUGCAGAAAAGUGUAUAAAAAUCAUCAUCAUUAUUAGUGCUUUUUUUCUUAAAAAAUGUUUAGGGGUACUCUCGUUUUACCUCAAGAAAAUCACCAUUUUAUAGUUCAAAUCGGGGAAAAUAUAGUAAAUGGACAGAAAUACAAAGAUUCACGAAAUGUUUAGGGGUAUGUGUACCCCUGUGUCCCCCGCCCAGAAAAAAAGCACUGAUGAUGAUGAUGAUGCCCUUCAUCAUAAGAUCUUAGGCGGUUUGCAAAAUAAGAUACAAGAUAAAAACACAAAUAAUUAAAACAGCAGAACAAUAACCCCCAUUUCCCCAUUCAGCACUGUAGUUUGAGAGCACAUUGGGAUUUUAUCUUUUCUAUCGAAAUCCUGUCAUUCUGGAUAACCUGCAUCUGUGGCCAUUGAACACAUAUGGAGGCCAGUGUCAAAGAGCUCUCUUUGGGCUCAUCCCUUCCAGCCUUGUUCCCAACUUGUCCAGCCAUUGUGUGGCUUCCUCGUUUCCAGAGGAAGCAGAUUUCAUGCCAGUGGUGGGAGAGGGGAGGAGGAACGCGUGGGGCAGGUGUGUAAGGAGCCCCUUCUUUGGCUACUUUAGGUUGCUGACACUAACCUUUCCCGCCCCAACCUGGCCACGGUGAUUCAUGCGACGGUCACCUCCAGGCUUGACUACUGUAAUUCGCUCUAUGCGGGGCUUCCCUUGAAACUGUCCCAUAAACUCCAGCGGGUGCAGAAUGCUGCAGCGAGGCUCCUCACAGGGUCUCUGCCAUGGGAGCAUAUUCACCCAGUGCUUUUCAAGCUGCACUGGCUCCCGGUGGAGUAUCGGGUCAGGUUCAAGGUGCUGGUCUUGACCUUUAAGGCCCUUUGUGGCUUAGGGCCCUCGUAUCUACGGGACCACCUCUCCUGGUCUGCCCCGCAAAGGUCCAUGAAUAACCAUAGUUUAGAGGUCCCAGGCCCUAAGGAAGUCAGACUAUCCUCCACCAGGGCCAGGGCCUUUUCAGUGAUGGCUCCAACCUGGUGGAAUGCUCUGUCCCAUGAGACCAGGGCCCUGCAGGAUUUAACCUCCUUCCGUCAGGCCUGUAAGACAGAGCUAUUCCGCCUGGCCUUAAUUUGAAUUCAGCCUGAUCUUUUAUUUCCCUUCCCUUCCCUCCCCCUCCCCUUUUAUGAAGAUCACCCGCUCUGAGACCCCACAGCUAAUUCUCCCCUGGCCUCCUUGCUGGCCCAAGUAGGACCAAUUCAGCCAGCUAGCCCUGGAGAUUAAUCCUUAUUUCCCCUAAAUUGAUUUUUGAAUUUUAUUGUUAUUCAUGUUUUUAUACUGUAUUUUAUGCUGCUUUUAUAAUUGUUAGCCGCCCUGAUCCCGGUUUUUGAACCAGGAAGGGCAGGGUAUAAAGAAAAUUAUUGUUAUUAUUAUUAUUAUUCGGCCUGAAGGCUGCCAGCGGAUCACACCGAGGCCAAGUGCUGCAUCCAUCUUUGCAACAGGCCGAUGGGGGUGAGCAUCUUGCAUCUUGAGGGCGUUUCCCCACCCUGAGGACUAACCUCCUUUUCUCUGCCAGCUGGAAGACCUGGAGCUGACUCUCUCCGACCACCUCCAGAAGGUCUUGAAGCCCAACUUUGCAGCUGCCUGGGAGGAAGUCGGGGACGACUAUGAGAAAGAAGAGACCUUUGCUCUCAGCACUAUCAAAACCCUGGACGGUGAGAUACGGCAGCUUUUUCCCAGACCUAAGAUUGCAUGUUGAAACCAAUUUUAGAAAAAAACAUUCCCAGGCUCCUGAGUGUCUUCUAAACAAGACAACUUUUUAGCUUCUGCUCCAAGAACAGGGUAUAUGGUCCUAGUAUGUAAGAUUCAAGAAAAUGCAAGACUGUUCUUUUAGCUUAGAGAACAAGAAGGGUUAUUCUUGAUCAGGCUUCCUCAACCUUGGCCCUCCAGAUGUUUUGAGACUACAGUGGUACCUCAGGUUACAAACGCUUCAGAUUACAGACUCCACUAACCCAGAAGUAGUACCUUGGGUUAAGAACUUCAGGAUGAGAACAGAAAUCGUGCUCCGGCAGCAGCAGGAGGCCCCAAUAGCUAAAGUGGUGCUUAAGGUUAAGAACAGUUUCAGGUUAAGAACGGACCUCCGGAACGAGUCAAGUUCUUAAUGCAAGGUAAAGGUAAAGGGACCCCUGACCAUUAGGUCCACUCGUGACCAACUCUGGGGUUGCGGUGCUCAUCUCGCUUUAUUGGCCAAGGGAGCCGGUGUACAGCUUCUGGGUCAUGUGGCCAGCAUGACUAAGCCACUUCUGGCGAACCAGAGCAGCGCACGGAAAUGCUGUUUACCUUCCCGCCGGAGCGGUACCUAUUUAUCUACUUGCACUCUGAUGUGCUUUCAAAGUGCUAGGUUGGCAGGAGCAGGGACCGAGCAACGGGAGCUCACCCCGUCGCAGGGAUUCGAACCGCCGACCUUCUGAUCAGCAAGCCCUAGGCUCUGUGGUAUUAAUCCACAGCGCCACCCGCGUCCCAUUAACCCGAGGUACCACUGUACAAUUCCCAUCAUCCUUGACCACUGGUCCUGCUAGCUAGGGAUCGUGGGAGUUGUAGGCCAAAAACAUCUGGAGGGCCGAGGUUGAGGAAGCCUGUUCUAGAUCUCCAGUUGUCAGAAGCAACUCUGACUUCCCCACUUAACAAGAUAGCUAGAGGCAAGAGGUCUAACUCAAUGGCUGAGCACCUGUCUUGUAUGAAAAAGAUCCCUGGUUCAAUCCCGUCUCUCCAGCCAGGGCUGGGUGAUACCCUUGUCUGAAGUCCUGGAGAGCUGCUACCAGUCAGUAUAGAGCAGGGUUUCCCAAACUUGGGUUUCCAGCUGUUUUUGGACUACAACUCCCAUCAUCCCUAGCGAGCAGGACCAGUGGCCAGGGAUGAUGGGAAUUGUAGUCCAAAACAGCUGGAAACCCAAGUUUGGGAAAUCCUGGUGUAGACAGUGGUGAGCUAGAUGGACAGUUGCCUGACUCUUGUCUAAGAUGGCUUCCUAGGAUCCUGGGGUGACUAGCUGCUACUUUGAAAGAUCCCCUUUGGAUCUGACCACACAGCCGAGACAACGCAGGACUAACCCCAGGUCUUCUCAAAACCUCUGAAUGCAGAAGCUGUCAGCAACAUUGUGAAGUUCCUGGGCAUGCAGCCAUGCGAGAGAUCUGACAAAGUGCCCGAGAACAAGAAUUCGCACACGCUCUACCUGGCCGGUAAGAAUCAGUCAGAGGGGACAGUUCAGUGGUGUCUGGGCAACCUGUGGCUGAAAUGGUGUCACCCCAAGAGAAUUAAUGGCACUGGAGUUGUCCUGUCCCAAGAACAGCAGCAGGGACCUUCUGUGAAGCACUUCUCUCAGGAACAGCAUUCAUUCUCAUCCAGCGAUAGGCAUCACUCAGCGUAGAGCUGGGAGUGGCUUUAAAAGCUGCUGCUCCUCUCUUGAGAUCACUUCUGCCCAAAUGCUUGUCUAGUUGGCACUGGCUCCCAGUGGAGUAUCAGGUCAGGUUUAAGGUGCUGGUUUUGACCUUUAAAGCCCUUUGUGGCUGAGGGCCCUCAUAUUUAUGGCACUGCCUCUCCUGGUAUGCCCUGCAGAGGACCUUAAGGUCCAUGAACAAUCAUAGUUUAGAGGUCCCAGGCCCUAAGGAAGUCAGACUAUCCUCCACCUGGGCCAGGGCCUUCUCAGUGAUGGCUCUGACCUGGUGGAAUGCUCUGUCCCAUGAGACCAGGGCCCUGCAGGAUUUAACUUCCGCAGGGCCUGUAAGACAGAGCUAUUCCGCCUGGCUUUCAAUUUGAACUUAACCUGAUUUUUUAUUCCCCUUCCUUCCCUCCCCCUCCCCUUUUGAUGAAGAUUACCCGCUCUGGGAUCCCACAGCUAAUUCUCCCCUGGUCUCCUCGCUGGCCCAAAUAGGACUAACUUAGCCAGCUGGCCCUGGUGAUCAUCCAAUGUUUAUUGGAUGGAUUUCCCCCCUAAAUUGAUUGAUUUUUGAAUUCUGAAUUUAUUGUUAUUCACGUUUUAUACUGUAUUUUAUGCUGUUUUUUGUUGCAUCAAUUAAGUGUUUUAAAUUUGUUGUUAGCCGCCCUGAGCCCGGUUUCCUGAACCGGGAAGGGCGAGGUAUAAAUAAAAAUGUACUACUAUUAUUAUUAUUAUUAUUGGCUGCUCUUUAAAGGCCUUCAGAAGCAACAGCCCAAGGGUUAUAUAACUAGUUAGCAUAGCUAUUAGAGAAGCGCUUUGUUAAGUAUUUUUGGCUGUGGGUUGUGAGUCAAUUGCCUUGGUUUUUGUAGGUGCAGAACAGAUUUUCACCUUAAAUGCAGAACCAGGUCUCAGAAUCUGGCUGUAGUUACACAGUGCAGCAUAGGAAACUGCCGUGUUCUCAGCAGCUGUCUAGAAGAAGUGUGCAACUUUUAAGAGUUGGCAUCAGAAUUUGCUUCUUUCCCCACACUUCCUUACUCCUUCUUUUAAAAAAGAUAAGUCUGAGCUUAUGGGCAGGGACUGUAAAGGAGAUAAGGCAUCUUUGGCCAUCUCGAUGUAACUAGACUCCCAAGCCCCACUGGCCUGGGGCGGAUGUGAGGCCAGCCAUGUCUGGAAAGCAAGAUGUUCCCCAUCCCUGCUCUGAAUCGCCCCACAGCAUCCCCUUCAUUCCUUGCCUGGACGAUUGCAACCUGUUAGCAUUUCUGCAAGAAAGGAUGUGAGCAGGCCUGAGCCGGUGCGGCCGAGUGCCACCGCAGUGACUCUCCUUGUCUGCCUCCAGGUGUGUACAGAGGCGGCUCGGAUGUGCUGGUGAGGUCCAGACUCGCUCUGGGAGAUGGCGUGACUAUGCAGGUGACUGUCCGGAGCACAGAGGAAACUCCGGUGGACGUCAUCUUGGCUUCCGUCGGUUAAGAGUCUCGGCAGCUCAUUCUGGGAGCCAACUCACCCUCUUGCCACCUCCUGCCUCAAAGGCACUCCCGGGACCUCCAGUCCUGCAUGCCUCUUUUGUUUUCCCUCCUCUCGGUCAGCAGUCUUCUGUGGUAACUGGGGGCCCGGCAGCCCAUCCUGCCCUUUCUUCCACACAACCGGAGCUGGGCGUUCAGCCCCCUCACCCACAAACGCCCCCAGCUCCACCUCUACAUUCCUGUAAUAAAUUAUUCUCUUUCUGUGCUGCCCGUAGAGGCAGAAAAGCUGUUAGAAGAUCCUUUUUUUAAAAAAGAAGAAAAUCAACUUUUCUUGAAUGGACUUUUAUUAACAGAAAAUAAACAUGGGCUAUCCCAACACUGUUGCAUCUUUCCCCCCCACAACUUGUGCUGUUUAAUAAAAUACAUUCUGUAGUAACUGUCUGCCAAAUACUGUCGCGUUUCAUGUGCCCCUUUCACAGAGCAGCUUGCAAGGGAUGGUAAACCCCGGAUUGCAAGGGCCUUUUGAGAGCUGCUUCAGAUCUCAGCACUACCAGAAAGAAGGGAGUGGCAGGACAACUAGGCUUACUCUUGUCCCACUACCUUUUGCCCAGUGUGCUCAGAGCAGUAUAUCAGCUUCACACCAACCCUGUGAUGUAGGACAGGCCAAGUGCAGAUGGCCGUCUGCCAUGCCUUUUAUAGCUUGACAGAUUUCUAGGUGGGUAAGGAAAAAGCUCCCCUCCCUUCUUGGCAGGGCACUGUAGAUAACUAGUUUCCCACAUGGUUGGUUCUGUGCGCAGGAUGGUAAAUUAUAUGCCUUGAUAAUUUCCCAUUGCUGUAGUGCAGGGGGAGCCAGCGUGGCACUCCUGGAGCAGUUGGUACCUUUGCCAUCUUCCCCUGGCAUCCAUGAAGCCUCUGAGCCCCACAUCAUGCCCCCUUGGUCAUGGGCUGCUGACUUACUUCACCUUUAAAGUACACAGAGCUCAAAGAUGAAGUUGGAAAAGGGGACAUUUCUUUCAGCGCUCUGUACUUUUCAAGGUGCAGAGCAAUUCUGAUUAUUCAGAAUAUCUUGUCCCUUUAGUCCAACACACAUCUGUAAAUUAGAUCCAAUUUCUUUCUAAAAAUACAGAAGAACCUCUGCUCACAAUGGCUGUGUUGGAGGGUUGCUGAUAAGCAGAUUGCUUUACACUCAGCGCCUCCUACCUUCCGUCCUUUGUAUUGGGACGAGAGCCAGGUAUCAGACGAUCUGCGAGUGGAACUUCCCCCCCCCCGACCCGGGGGGUGGGGGUUGCAAGGACAAUUACCCUCAUUUGUCCUUGUUUAUGGUCCGCAGUUGGUCUCCGCUAGUGUGGGAUAUGCCUCCAUUGUGGCAGAAAGCACCGGAAGUCCUGACUUAUACCCCUGGAGAACCAAAAUAUGUACAGGCAUUUCCUCUUUCAGAGGGAGGAGGUCAAGAAGUGACCACAGGCAGUGGUGCCCAUGGUCACUUGCUUCAAAAUUCAAACCUGCUCCAGGGCCUGAAGAGGUUGGCAACCCCUUCUCUAGAGUCUCCUGGUGAGUUUCAUAGGUAAACAAUGGUUUGAAGCUACACUGGGCACGUCCAAGCUCAGUGCGUUACCCUCUGCCUUUAAGGCCCUUUGAAUGAAUUCUCCCUCUUGGCCCAGGUUCAAGUUGCUAGACUUGCUCUCCAAAUGACGUUCUAGAGCUGCCUCCAGCGGUCUGGAUUUCCUUUCAACUGGACCUUUUAGAGAAGGAGAACACAUCUGAAGCAGAAAUGCCAGUUCAAAGCCAUCUGGGUUUGAAAAGCUGUUUCUUUCAGCUGCUGUGUUACUGCAACAACUUUGCAAAUCUACCAUGGAAGAGGAUGGGAGCCUAGCGGACACCAAAUAUCAGUGGAAGAGUUUGGGAUGGCCCAUUAGCAACAGACCAGAUCCUUUAUGUGCCUCUCCCUACUUAAUUUCUGCCCCCUUUUCUGUAAGAGAUGACAGCACUAUCAAACCAUGACUACUCAGAAGUGAAUCCUACUGAAUUCAACAUGGUAAGUGAGGUUAGGAUUGCAGCUUUAGUUCUUGAUUUUUCGCAACUUCAGAGCACUAAGCCUUCCUUUAACAAUCCGUUUUCUGCCUGGCAACUCUGCAUAGCAAAUAAACUUAAAAAUUGAUUAAUUUGGGUAUCUUCCUGUGCAAUAUUCCCCCCCCCCUUAAUGAACUAAAAACAGGAUUCGUGGUCACCAAGUGGGCAUGAGAAUCGACACAGAUUGCACAUCAAGGAUACCCAAGCCAGCGCUGCAUUGAAUAGAAAUUGGCUGCUGCCGCCACACUUUGAGCAGGCAGGCUGAAGACGAAGCCUAAGCACUUCACCUCACCCCUUCUUCAGUCAGCCCACAUGCAUUUAAUCAGUGACUUAACCGAAAAAAAGGAAAGUCCUUCACACAGCACAUUUGUUAAACUAUGGAGGUGGUAGUCGUCAACCUAGAUGGCUUUAAGAGAACUGGACAAAUUCAUGGAGGACAGGGAUAUCGAUGGCUCCUAGCCAGGAUGGCGCUCCUGUACCACCUCAGUUGGACACCGAUAUGCUUUUAAUAAUAAUACAGUGGUGCCCCGCAAGACGAAUGCCUCGCAAGACGGAAAAACCGCUAGACGAAAGGGUUUUCCGUUUUGGAGUUGCUUCGCAGGACGAAUUCCCCUAUGGGCUUGCUUCGCAAGACGAAAAUGUCUUGCGAGUCUGGAGAUUUUUUUUUCGCUUUCCCCCCCCUUUAUCUAAUCUGCUAAGCCUUUAAUAGCCUUUAAUAGCCUUUUAGCAGCUAAUCCCCUAAGCCUUUAAGCCUUUAAUAGCCGCUAAACCGCUAAUAGCGCUAAUCCGUUAAGCCGUUAAUAGGGUUGCUUCGCAAGACAAAAAAACCGCUAGACGAAGACUCUCGCGGAACGGAUUAAUUUCGUCUUGCGAGGCACCACUGUAAUAAUUUAGUAUUUAUACCCCGCCCAUCUGGCUGGGCUUCCCCAGCCACUCUGGGUGGCUUCCAGCAGAAUAUUAAAAUGCAAUGAUUCAUCCAGUAUUAAAAGCUUCCCUAAAGAGGGCUGCCUUCAGAUGUCUUCUAAAAGUCUGGUGGUAGUUGUUCUCUUUAGGGCGCCACCACCAAGAAGGCCCUCUGCCUGGUUCCCUGUAACCUCACUUCUCGCAGGGAGGGAACUGCCAGAAGGCCCUCGGCGCUAGAUCUCAGUGUCUGGGCUGGACGAUGGGGGUGGAGAUACUCCUUCAGAUAUACUGGAUCGAGGCCGUUUAGGGCUUUAAAGGUCAGCACCAACACUUUGAAUUGUGCUCGGAAACGUACUGGGAGCCAGUGUAGAUCUUUCAAGACAGGUGUUAUGUGGUCUCGGCAGCUGCUCCCGUCACCAGUCUAGCUGCUGCAUUCUGGAUUAAUUGUAGUUUCCGGGUCACCUUCAAAGGUAGUCCCACAUAGAGCGCAUUGCAGUAGUCCAAGCAGGAGAUAACCAGAGCAUGCACCACUCUGGCGAGACAGUCUGCGGGCAGGGAGGGUCUCAUCCUGUGUAUCAGAUGGAGCUGGUAGACAGCCGCCC